ACUGGUUGUGUUUCUGAUACCUGUGCAGAAUCAAUGUGCGCAUGGAGAUGCCGAAUGCUCCCCAUAGAGAUGUAUUGAGUCAAUGAAUCUCUUUGAGGUGAUGUUAGUGGGCACAGCACAGUGCUUGUCAAGCAUUCACACUAUCCCCCGUCCACCCCAAUGCAACCCUAUGGGAAGCAUUGGAUUGGCUGAGAUCAUCAGUACUGGUGAUCUCAGCUAGUGAAGCAAUGGCUAUGGUUAGACUGUUGUGAGUAAAAAGUAUUUUACAUUUUUUUUUUUAUCUUGUUUGUUUUCUUUUCUCAAUAUCACGUGGAGGAGGGGUGGUUCAAUAAUCUAACUGGGCAGUGCAACACUUUAAUGUUAGGAAUACAUUUUUGUACUCCUAACGUUAGUGUUUAUUUAGUUAAUCUGUGCAUUCUAAGUAAGUAUCAUUUUUGCAAAAUAGAAGGUGUAGUUAAUAUUCAGGGGAUUGAUCGUUCCAUAGAGUGUAGGUAGACACUGAUACAUAGACAAGAAAACUCUUGAGCUUGCCCCAGACGAUAGGAUCUAGUGUUUCCCCCAUCAUUAUGCUAAUUUUUUUUUUAGAUAAAGUACUUUUUACUGAAGUUUCUAUCCAAUCAAUCUUGAAGAUAUUUAUUUUCUUGAAACUGUGUUAGCUGUAGUAUAUCGUUUCUAAAGGUGAAGUAUUCUGGUGCAGACUACUAUUGCUAAUUUAAGAGUUUCUUGUUUGUUUUUUACUGAAAUUCCAGAGUAGAACAUUUAACAAAGCUUAUUAAGGAGCUAAGUGAUGUUCACGCAACAUUUGAUGGGACCAAAUAAAAAUGCAUCAAUAAGCAGGCCCAUAUAGACUUUGGUACAAAUCCUCCUAAUAUUAAAGGACCACUCUAGGCACCCAGACCACUUCAGCAUAAUGAAGUGGUCUGGGUGCCAGGUCCCUCUAGGAUUAACCCUUCUUUCUUUUUUUUUUUUUAUAAACAUAGCAGUUUCAGAGAAACUGCUAUGUUUAUAAAUGGGUUAAUCCAGCCUCUAAAGCCUCUAGUGGCUGUCUCAUUGACAGCCGCUAGAGGCGUUUGCGUGCUUCUCACUGUGAAAAUCACAGUGAGAAGACGCCAGCGUUCAUAGGAAAGCAUUGUAAAUGCUUUCCUAUGAGACUGGCUGAAUGCGCUCGCAGCUCCUGCCGCGCAUGCGCAUUCAGCCGAAGAGGAGGAUCGGAGGCGGAGAGGAGGAGGAGGAGAGUUCCCCACCCGGCGCUGGAAAAAAGGUAAGAUUUUAACCCCUUCCUCUCCCCAGAGCCCGGCGGGAGGGGGACCCUGAGGGUGGGGGCACCCUCAGGGCACUAUAGUGCCAGGAAAAAGAGUGUGUUUGUUUUCCUGGCACUAUAGUGGUCCUUUAAGGCAGCAGCUACAAAGUGUACAAUAAGGAAGUGCAGUAAAAUUAAUUUACUUUCCUUGGAGAGAAGUUUGUGUAGUUUAGGAUUUUAAGGGGCUUUUUUCCAGGUUUAAAGAAGGUUCUAUAGAACAACCAGAAUCUAAAAUUUAAAAAACAUAAAUAUACAUAGUGUGAAUCAGUAUCAAAUAGUGAAUUAAUGUUCAUGAAAUGCACUCACAAGAUUAGACAAAAAUAGCGCUCUAGGGUGCCUCCCCUGGUAGUGGUGGGGGGCUGUUAUCUUCCUCCAGUUGCUCCAAAUGAAUGAAUGGAAAACAGGACUCCCAGGAUGGUGGAAAAAAGUAUAAAGCGGCUUUAUUAACGAUGAAUCUUCACCCAGCAAUAAAAGGAAAACAUAAACGUAAAAAUGAGGUCCAUUUUAUUAUGAUUUUAAAUUUUAGAUUUCUCAGCCGUAUCCCAAACGUUUCUGGUUGUUCUAUAUUUUGCUGUGUAAAGGUCAUUCAUUCGGGGUAAUGACCUGGGAGGCUGUUCUAUUUGAAUAUUAAGAGAAGUACAAUUUCACUUGUAUCCACUAUUCACUAAGUGGUGAUAUACGAAUAUAUAUUUUUUUUUUCUUGUUUAAAAAAGGAUCUCAUGGGCUUUGAGAACAAUGGAGUUGUCAAUGAUAGGAAAGUGUAGCCCAAUAAAUAGGCUAGGAGCUGUGCAUGUCCAGUCUAAUGGUCCAAGUCUUGCAGUGUGGAUAUAACAUGCAGUAAUUAUGUGGAGGGCUGUUAAAGAGAUCAGAUCAUUUCAAAAGGGUGGUUGCUGUAAGAAUUGUAUAGCCAACUAGAAUGUCUACCAACAUUGGUAAGUGCCUCGACACUUAAAGCAGAGUAUCAACUGCAUGCAAGGUCAAAGACAAUGAGAGAAGAGUGGGCAUCCCUUAACAAGGGUUAAGUGGUCAUUAGUGUCAAUCCAGGAGUAGGAAGUAUCAAUUUUCAAGGUAUAGAAUAUUAAAUAUCAUGCCUUGUUUGAACACAAUAGAGUAGACUAUCGUAUACUAAGUGCUGCAAAAAAUAGUAAUCAUAUCUGCCUGAAUGUAAAAUCACAACUGCAAUUAUCUUAGAAAGAAGAAUGAAGGCUCUGUGUAUGCCAAUAGAAAUAGCUUUAUCUGCAGCAGAAAGCCAGACAUGAUUGUGUUUUCCAUCCAAAUAAGACCAUAAAUGGCCAUAUUAUUAUUUCCAUUUUUAGUCUUCAUCCACUUUUUCCUGGAUCAAACGAGCUGGACCAGAUAUCUAAAAUCCACGAUGUGCUGGGUGCACCAGAUUCUGCAGUACUGAGAAAAUUCAAACAGUAAGUUCCUCUGAAGCAACGUGUAAAUAAUCUUUAUUAAAGGGACACUAUAGUCCUCAGAACAACUACAGCUUAAUGCAGGCUUUUUGCUGUAAACACUGAAUUUUCAGAUAAAAGGUUUAUGUGCAAUGCCUAAAUAAGGUGAGUUUUUGUACUAAAUUUUAUAGGGGAGGGUGGGAAGGGAGCUAAAUAGUGUUUUUAACACUAUAUGCAGAGGAAUAAACGUUUGUAUUCCUGACCAUAUAGUGUUCCUUUAAUAUACACACCAUAUAUUGUGAAAGAAAGUGGAGAUUGGUUGUCAUCUAACACUUUUAAGUCUAUUCACUAAAUUUACAAGAUCCCUGCAGAGUUUUGGCCAAUUGUGAUGGACUGGAACAAAGGCUUAUUUAGAGAAUUUGCAAGUAGGAAUUGCAAUAUGUGCUCAUACCUUUUUAAAUAUAGCCACAGUUUUUCUGCUUAACCAUGGUAACUAAACUACUGUGAAAACACCUCCCCUCUAGUAUCCAUGUUUCAAUUGUAAUUCCAGUGAGAGUUUAGCCUUUCUCUCCCUGGAGAAUGCAGUUAGCAGCUUUGAUGAUAACAGGACUAACUGGGUUUUCUGACCUUACGCUUAGUUACCUGGGCUAAGCAGGAUGAUUCCAGUUCAGACAUGCAUCGUCAGAAACCUGGACGAUCUGUUCCCAAGAGAUAAGGGAUUGAAAGGGGCAUUGUGAGAACAUUGUUACAGAUGAAUUUUACUUGUUUAUGUUGCAAAUCUUUCAUAGCACACUCACUGGACAGGACUUUGCAAGCCAAUUUUUUCCAAUUACACCACAAUCAAUUUGGUGGCAUUCUGUAUUGGAAUUAGCAUUGCAGGCUAAUGGAAGAAUCAAAAAUGGUGGCCACAGCAUUUCACUUUAUGAUACCCACUGCGUAUUCCAGUUCGCAAUGAACAUGUAUGCUCCCUGACCUUUUAAAGGGACUACACUGUGUUCACGUCUCAUUGCUUCUCUUCUCUUAGUGACUAGAUGGGUUUAAAUUUGGCAUUUGCUGUUUAUAGUCAGGCUUUUUUUCUCCCCUUAUGCUUGAUUAGCUCUCUCCAAUCCAGUACUUCUCAUAGAGAUGCAUUAGAGAUGUAUGGCACAUGCGCAGCAGUUGCUGUGCUCUGCCAAUCCCAUCCUUCUUAUAGAGAAGCAUUUAAUCCAAACCAUAAUAACAACAGAAAUUAAGGCCUUUAAAAAUCAACAGUCUCAAGUAGGGAGUGCCUUUAGUGUCUGACAUGUACAAGAGGCAUGAUUUCUGGACAAAUGUAAACCUUCAAAAUGGCCAUGGUUUACAUUGUUCCAAAAAAAAAAGAUAGGAGGAAGGGAGAAUAUAUGCACCAAAACAACUACAUUAAAAUGUAAUAGCGCUUUAGUGCUUAAAGUGUACCUUUUUUUUUUUUUUUUUUUUUUGAGGGAGGAAUAUACAGUAAUCCAGUUUUAGAAUAUAGAGAAGGUGACUUAUCACAGUGCAGUCUGAUAAUACAGAUACGUUAGCAGAUGGCUUCUAAAGGGACCUGGACUAUUCUGCUUUUAUUGUGGCCGAUUAUAGUAUGUGGUGCGCUUUUAUUUUUUUUGUCAUUGUCUGAACAUAUUCAGCAUCUCCUCAGAGAUUAACCACCGAAUCCUCAAUCCUGGCCAUCCCAUUGUUCUGAGAACGUCAUAUCCUCAGCAGAGGAUUUACAGAAUAUACAGGUCAAACCCUUCUGAAAAUACAUGAAUAAAACUACCAUGUUUCUUUUUUUUCAUGAAAAAGGAGAGCUGCUUUAAGCACUAAUGUUUCUUUCACAGGUUUCAAUAUCACAAUCCAAUCUGCCGUAACGCCAUAUAAUGCAUUAUUUUUAUAUUGCAGGUCAAGAGCAAUGAAUUUUGAUUUCCCUCCCAAAAAAGGAAUCGGCUUAACAAAGCUAUUACCGAACAUCGUCUCAUUUGAAUGUUUGUCCUUGUUAAAUGCGAUGGUAGAAUAUGAUCCCGAGCAAAGAAUUAGUGCCACAGAAGCUCUGCAACAUCCCUACUUUGCAGAAUCCAGGUAGUGUAGUCUUUAGGUAGCACUGCAUGAAACACUUAGUAGUUAGAUACAUUCCAUAAUAAUUAUCCUAGUUUUGGAUAAUUUUCUUUAUUAUUAAAUAGUAUGUUUGUAUAUACUGAGGCUGUAGCUUUUAAAAAAACAACAACAAAAAAACCCUCUUUAAAGACUUAUUUCCAUUACUGUACUGAUAAACAGGUUAAUCAGACACAUCAACCUCAAGGUGUUUAAAAAUGCAUUACUUUUACUUAAUCCUUGCAAAAUAUAUAUCUAUGCAUUGCAUACACACUUUCUUUCUCUCUUUAGGGCAGUAUUGGUUUAACCCCUUAAGAACCAAACUUCUGGAAUAAAAGGGAAUCAUGACAUGUCACACGUCAUGUGUCUUUAAGGGGUUACAAAGCAAAAAAAACCAACUAAUACUUUUUUUGUGUGUCUAUUAAAAUGUUUAAUUGCUAUAUAAAACUAGCUAUUGUGGAGUAAACAUCUUAUUAGGCUUAACCAGCCAUUGGCUGAGGGUUGAUUUGAGUUAUAUUGAACUUCAGCUGUUAAGCAAAUGGUUGCCUCACCAUUAUAUUACACUUGAUGUAUAUUUUAACACCCAGAAGCCCAGUGAGCAUAAAAGGAGUUUGAAACAUUGUACAGCGCUACGGAAUUUGUUGGCGCUAUAUAAAUAAUAAUAAUAGAAGCGGACAACUUCCUGCAUAAAUUUCUGUAUGCCGGUGCUGAUAGCACUGAGCUACUGCUGGCUGUGUAACUGUCAGAGAAAGAAAGAACUGGUGCAGCCUUUUAAUUGUCUGGAUGUGCUAUGCGUACUACAACAGACAUUAAAGUUGUGACCCCACACACACACAAGUAAAAAGAAUCUGCUAUACUUAGUGUUCCAGCUGGCUUAUUGACAGCCCAGGGAGGAUGGCACUGCACACAGGCUUAAAAUAAAAAUAAAAAAUCUCCGGAAUAAAUCCUUUAAAAAAGAGUCUGCAGGGACAGUGUAUUUGCACCAUAACUACUUCAGUAAGAUUAAUAAAUGAUGAUACUUCCAGUAAAGGAUUUGCUAGUUAGCUUGUCUUGCCUAGGUGGCAAUGGGGCAUCUUAUCCAGAGGUCCCAGCUGGACAGGCCUGCACUUUCCCAAUAAAUAAACUUUACAUUGAUUUUGAUUUAAGCUGACCUGUUCUAUUGCCACAUGCCCUCUGCAUCAUUUUGUAACCCAUAACAGUCAUGGAGGAUUUAAAAAUUGUGCUGCAAUGUCAGGAUUACCUCAGCACCGUGGAAAAAAAUUGUUAGAUCAUGAAGUGGCUAUUACAGCUAAACGUUUGCUUGGUUGAAGGAAACUGUUUGUUGGAGUUCUAAUCUUAAGAUAAUUUAUCACGGUAAUUAAGUGAGGUUUUUUUUUUAACUCUAGGCACAAAGAGAACUUUUAAUGAAGCAGUUUUGGUGUAUAUGCCCCGGCAGUCUCUCUGCUUAAUUUCUUUGCAAUUUAGUAGUUAAACGGAUAUGACCGCAUUAAGAAUACAAAUGCGAAUUGCCAAGUUAAUAGUGUCCUGUUGCAAUUUCGAUCUCUGGCUUCCUCCAAGUGCAUGGAAAAAGAUUGAUUGACUUACCUUUCUUCCAUUGCGACACUGCUUUCUGCAGACACCCCAGCUCCAAUCCAACGCUUAUGUCAAAUUGCUGCUCUAGGCCGACUAGUUUGACUCGGUUCUCGAUGUGGAAGUGAAAUUUUUAAGGAAUGAAAGCCCAAUAUCAAAAAAUAGAAUAACACGGCAGUGAAGGGGUUAACCCUAAAUAUAAAUAUGUUUAGAAAGAGAGAAACACUGCCUAAAGAAUAUAUACUAUGAAGAUUAAAAUAUAACUUUUAAUAGUGAAUAUAGGAUAGAGUGAUUAUUUCACAUAUGUAAUCCUAAUCGGUCCAGAUGUAUACACACCAGGACACGAAGGGAUAAUGUGAGAAAUAAUAAAAUUAAAAACCAAAGAAACAGUAUCUGAAUCUCAGAAAUGUGAGUAACGAUGUUAUCUAAAUAAAUGAAAGCUGUCUACUAAUAUAAUACUGUUGCAACCUAUCAGAACGAAAAAACACGGAGGAGAACUGUCAACUCUGCAAAUACUGCAACAACGUAUCAAAAGUAAUUGUUACAGUUGACAGUGCUUUCCAAGUGAUAUACACAAAAGUGUAUUGCUGCUGUGAUUGGCAGAAAGUGUUUCCGAAUUAACCAGAGUGUUCCUGGUUAGAUGGGGGAUACAAAUCUGUCUACUGUACUAGAACUAUUAUAAUAUAUCUCAAAUAUCCCAUUACUUUCCACAUGACCGGAACAUUAUCUGGGACUGCGAUUUUCGAAAAACACUAGUAGGUUGUAAAUAAAUAAAAAGUAGAUAGCACAAACAAAGCCGUUCAAUGUGGCUGUUAAUCUACGGUCAAAUAAACUAAACCGUCUGAAUAGAAUAGUAACUUGCAGGAAAUAAUUUAAUAUCCAGAUAUAUACAGUUGCAGUUACUAAAUAUAGCCUCGGCUCUAUAAUCCCCACAGAAAGGAAAUGAUGGAAAAGUAGAUAUCUGUGCCUUUGAGGGCACCUACCAGGUAUAGAAGCUAACUGCACGUAAUAGAAGAGAGGAAAAAAGAAACAAAAGUUAUCUUAGGUAAAUAAUUGUUCAUUCAAAAAUACCUCUCUACAUAGUAUGUAUUAGCUUAUAGAGCUAGCUAGUUAGGAUAGAAUAGCAAAAAUCACAAUGGCGUCUUAUGAUGUAUCAAUAUGCUAUGAGCGCCGGCUAAAUGGUUACAACUAUAAACGGCAUCAGCGGCUAGAUAGUUAAAUUGUAGCCAUAGAUCAUGUCGACGGCUAAGUUAUUAAGAAACCUCCCACUAUACCCACUGUCAAGAGAAUAGUUAUUAGCCAAAAUGUAGGCAUUCAAUAAUAGACUAUUGCUGCAAUUGCAGAGUAUGGGGGUAUUUGGAAGUGAUCGGAGAAAAACCCCGACGCGCGUUUCGCCGGUAAGGCGGCUUUUCAAGGCCCCUAAUGGGCGUCUUCCUGACAGCUAUCAGAGGUAUAUUAACCCUACAAUAGAAACAAUGCAUCUAGACCACUUUGUUUAAAUUAAGUAGUCCUUUAAAUCACUUUAAUAUACAGUUCUAGUCACACUUCCCCUGGCUGUGACUCACACAGCCUCAAUGAAAAAAGUGUUUCAUAUUCAAUCAGAUCUUACAGUACAGUGUGUUUUAAAUUAUGAUUUUUAUUUUAUCGCCUGCUCUGUUAUUUGAACUUUACUCACACACAGGCAACUCCUGCAGGCUCUCGCAGGUACUAACAGAGCAGGAGAUAAGAAAUUCUAAAUUAAAUAAAAUGUGCAAUAAAGAAGGAUAAACAUUAGAACUCUCUUUACAGGAAAUGUGUAGGGAGACUGUAGGACACAAGCAGGGGAGGUGUGGCUAGGGCUGCAUAAAUAAAGUGAAUUAAUUCCUAAAUGGUAGAGAAUUGAGCAGUGAGACUGCAGGGGUAUGAUGUACACACCAAAACCACUUCAUUAAGCCAAAGUUAUUUUGGUGCAUUGUUUCCCUAUAAGACUGCAUCACAGGAAUCCCAAGUACGGCCAUAGUAAUACUAAGCUAGUAUAUUUGAAUACAAAUCUUGUACAUGCUCUACCUCCAUUUCUGACCCAAAUGUCUAACUUUAGAGCCUUAGAGAAACAAACUCUGCACCAUAAACUAAUGCAAACAGAGAAGGCAAACACUACAAGCUCCAUGAACUAUUUGCUUCGGAUUGCAGGACAGGAUCGAAGGCAGGUAAACUUUCCAAUUUACAAAUAUUAAGUCCUUAUUUAAAUGUGAGAUGACAAUAUCCCUGUUACAGGCUCUGGGUCAUGCUAGUUUGUUUCAAAGCAGAAGUUGAUCAUUUACUUCCCUAAAUUAGUCUAUAUUGUUUGGAAAGACAUUUCAAAUAAAUUAACUAGUGGCAUUAAUUGGGGGUUGUUUAAAGAGACAAGAACAUUUAAGGUAUGUUGUAAGACAAUGAGGAUCUGGUUAUUUUAUUUUAGCGGCUACUAAAUAUUUAUUUCCCAGUACUUCCUAUAUGACGGGGUUUUAGAGGAUGCAUUGCAGACAACCUGCACCUCUCAGUGGUUUAUAUUAAACUUGUUUUAGAUCACCCAAAGCUGUUACUGUAGUACCUAGUAAUUGAUACCAUUUAGGGAACACUAUAGGGUCAGGAACAAAAAACCUGUAUUCCUGAUCCUAUAGUGUUAAAAACAAUAUCAGGCCCCCCUAGAUAUAGUAAAAUCUUACAUUUAUUUAGGUCUGCUGGUACUGGCCCUGUCCUGAUCUGCCUCCUUGAGUAACAUCAGAAGUGAUGAUCUCUGCCAGUCACACUGGUUUUCUAUAGGAAAGUAUUGGAUUGGUUAAGUUAGUCAAUUCCGAUGAUUUCAGCCAAGGAGGUGGGCUGUGGGUGGAGCCAAACACCACCCUGGCCAAUCAGCAUCUCCUCAGUGAUGCAUUGAGUCAAUGCAUCUCUAUAAGGAAAGUUCAGGAUCUCCAUGCAGAGGGUGGAGACACUGAAUGUCAGUGCCACAGAAAGCACCACUAGUAGCCAUCUGAAGUGUCCCUUGGAUGGAAUGUUAACACCGCCUUUUCUUUGAAAAGCGUUUUUACUGCAAAAAGCCUGCAGGGACUGACUAUACUCACCAGAACAACUGCCUUUAGUUCUAGUGACAAUAGUGUCCCUUUAAUUUCUGUGUCAUUGCGAAGUGAUAGUGUUUAGAAUAGCAUAUUUGAGGCAGGAUGAGUCCAUAUUAACAGUGGUUGGAUUUUGUAGAGGGUGUGCUUAUAGGGGUAACUGAUUUUUGGUACAUACAAUAUUUAUUCUGUACUUAUGGGUUCAGCAGUUAUCGAAAGAUAAAUACAAAGAAAGGAAAAAAAACAAAAAACAGGCAAAAUAGUAAAUUAAAGUUAUACUCUAUUUUACAGCACGUCCUGAAGUCACUACCUGAACCAACUAUCAGACAUCACAGACCUACCUUCCCAGUGGAGCUGCCAAAACUCAAUGUUUCUGGAGUAGGCAAGACUGCAAGCUACCCUACGCUUAAGUUCCAGUCUGUCUUUCCAACUGCUAGCAAUAACGGAAAACUCUCGAACAUACCACACUUUAAAUAUUUUGACACAAAGGUAAACCUAAAUACUUUAACAACUUAAAUGCAGGGACUGUGGUGUUGUGCAUUUAAUUUCAUAAAGCGUUAUUCAAUACAUUUAGAAUUGUCAGGAAUUCAGUUCUCAAAUUUAAGGACGAAAACAGCCAGACUGUCACCAUACCUGACUUGGGUAUUAUUCUAAUGCAACAAUUGAUUCCUACUUUUUUGGUCAAUAAGCCUAUUAAAUGCCAAUAAUUGCAUGAUUACAAUAUUUCAAUUUUAUAUCAACAGUAUGAAAAGACGCAGCAUGAGAAAGUCCUACUCAAGCCAUACUACUUGCCUUCUAUUGAAAGAAAAGAAGGAGGGGUUUGACGUCUUUUGUUUCAGCCAUCUUUGAUUACAGAUACGGUCAUGGAGACAUACCAGCCAAACCUAGUUAUGAAAAAAAGGCUCCUUAAGGUUUUCGUGUUUUCAUUUUAAAUAAAUACUCUGCUCAGUUGAUUUGUCACAUGCACUUUACAUUGUUAAUCUGACUUGUACAUAUAUUCUUUCAGUUGAGUUUUUGACUUUGUUAAUUUUCCAAGACUGUUAUAUAAAAA